AGAGGAAGUGCCAGACGCCGCGGCCUGUGGUUGGGAGUUGCUGGAGUCGGUGCCCGGCGUUCAAGGUUCCCCGGACCGCGGGCGGCGGAGCAGGCCGAGGGCAGCGGGGUUUGCUUUAGGACGAGCGGCCUUGAACCUCUGCGCCCGUCUCCGCCGGCAGAUACCAUUGUGUAGUUUGAAUCAGGAAUGAAAUCUUCUGAAAGCUGAGAGCAGAAGCCUUCUUGGUCAACAUGGAGGACAAAAGACGGCGAGCCCGAGUGCAGGGAGCCUGGGCUGGCCCUGCUAAGAGCCAGGCCAUUGCUCAGCCAGCUCCCACUGCUGAGAACCAUCUCCAACAGAGACCUGGUCAAACCUGGAUGAACAAGGAGCAUCGUCUGUCUGACAGACAGUUUGUGUUCAGAGAACCCCAGGAGGUGGUACGCAGAGCCCCAGAGCCACAAGUGAUCGAUAAAGAGGGUGUGUAUGAAAUCAGCCUGUCACCCACAGGCAUAUCUAGGGUGUGUUUGUAUCCUGGCUUUGUUGACUUAAAAGAAGCCGACUCAGUAUUUGAACAGCUUUGUCAGGAUGUUCCCUGGAAACAGAGGACUGGCAUCAGAGAGGAUGUAACUUACCAGCAACCAAGACUUACAGCAUGGUAUGGAGAACUUCCUUACACUUAUUCAAGACUCACUUUGGAACCAAAUCCUCACUGGCAUCCUGUGCUGCUCGUGCUGAAGAACCAAAUUGAAGAGAACACUGGCCACACCUUCAACUCCUUGCUCUGCAAUCUCUACCGAAAUGAGAAGGACGGCGUGGACUGGCAUAGUGAUGACGAACCUUCGCUGGGGAGGUGCCCCAUCAUUGCUUCACUCAGUUUUGGUGCCACACGCAUGUUUGAGAUGAGAAAGAAGCCCCCACCAUGUAUGGAGAAGGAGCUGUGACUGAUCGAACAUAUCAAAAGUGGUUUUUGAAGUUUCGUGCUGGAGAUUUCUCGCUGGACGAUGCUCCACGGUCGGGGAGACCAGUUGAAGUUGAUAGCGAUCAAAUCGAGACGUUAAUUGAGAACAAUCAACGUUAUACCAUGCGGGAGAUAGCCGACAUACUCAAAAUAUCCAAAUCAAGCAUUGAAAAUCAUUCGCACCAGCUUGGUUAUGUUCAUCGCUUCAAUGUUUGGGUUCCACAUAAGUUAAGCGAAAAAAACGUUGACCGUAUUUCCGCGUGCGAUUCUCUACUUAAACAUAUGGAAAUGUUCCAUUUUUAAAACAAAUUGUGAUGGGCAGUGAAAAGUGGAUACUGUACAAUAAUGUGGAACAGAAGAGAUCGUGGGGUGAGCAAAAUGAACCGCCGCCAACCCCACCAAAGGCUGGUCCAAAGAAGGUGAUGUUGUGUAUAUGGUGGGAUUGGAAGGGAGUCCUCUAUUAUGAGCUCCCCGGAAAACCAAGUGAUUAAUUCCAACAUAUACUGCUCCCAGUUAGACCAACUGAAAGCAGCACUUGACGAAAAGUGUCCAGAAUUAGUCAACAGAGAACGCAUAAUCUUCCAUCAAGAUAGUGCGAGACUACAUGUUUCUUUGAUGACCGACCAGGCGAAAACUGUUACAGCUUGGCUGGGAAGUUCUGAUUCAUCCGCCGUAUUCACCAGACAUUGCACCUUCAGAUUUCCAUUUAUUUCAGUCUUUACAAAAUUCUCUUAAUGGAAAAAAUUUCAAUUCCCUGGAAGACUGUAAAAGGCACCUGGAACAAUUCUUUGCUCAAAAAGAUUAAAAGUUUUGG